CUCGCCUCCCUUUGACGUGGCAGAGGCCGCACCAGCCCAGUCUGCCUGGCCGAAGUCCUCGCCGAGGCCGGGGGGCGGGGCGGCGCGGGCCCGGAUUGCACUGCCACGGCUGCUCCAGCUCGGCGGAGAGGACGGACUUCGGCCGGCGGAGGCUGAGACCGGCGCGGGUCUUGCAGGAGGGCCUCUGAAGUAAGAAUCAAGCUCUACAAUGACAACCUAUUUGGAAUUCAUUCAACAAAAUGAAGAACGAGAUGGCGUCCGGUUUAGUUGGAAUGUUUGGCCCUCAAGUCGAUUGGAAGCCACCAGAAUGGUUGUUCCAGUGGCAGCCCUGUUCACACCACUAAAAGAGAGACCUGAUUUACCUCCCAUUCAAUAUGAACCUGUUCUGUGCAGUAGGACGACCUGCCGUGCAGUUUUGAAUCCAUUAUGUCAAGUGGAUUACCGAGCAAAACUGUGGGCUUGCAACUUCUGUUAUCAAAGGAAUCAGUUUCCACCUACUUAUGCUGGGAUAUCUGAACUGAAUCAACCUGCUGAACUUUUACCUCAGUUUUCUAGCAUUGAAUAUGUAGUUCUGCGUGGUCCUCAGUUGCCUUUGAUAUUCCUCUAUGUGGUUGAUACUUGCAUGGAAGAUGAGGACUUACAAGCCCUGAAGGAGUCCAUGCAGAUGUCAUUAAGUCUCUUACCACCUACGGCUUUGGUUGGACUUAUUACUUUUGGGAGAAUGGUGCAGGUUCAUGAACUUGGAUGCGAAGGCAUUUCAAAAAGUUACGUCUUCAGAGGAACAAAAGAUCUGUCUGCCAAACAACUGCAGGAAAUGCUGGGGCUUUCCAAAGUACCAGUUACUCAAGCAACGCGUGGUCCUCAGGUACAGCAGCCACCUCCUUCCAACAGAUUCUUACAGCCAGUACAGAAAAUAGACAUGAAUCUCACAGAUCUUCUGGGAGAACUUCAGCGAGACCCUUGGCCUGUACCCCAGGGAAAGAGACCUUUGCGUUCCUCGGGAGUGGCCCUGUCCAUAGCUGUAGGACUACUAGAGUGUACUUUCCCCAACACUGGUGCUCGUAUCAUGAUGUUCAUUGGUGGUCCUGCUACCCAGGGACCUGGCAUGGUGGUUGGAGACGAACUGAAGACACCUAUAAGAUCAUGGCAUGACAUUGACAAAGACAAUGCCAAAUAUGUAAAAAAGGGAACUAAGCAUUUUGAAGCAUUGGCUAAUCGAGCUGCUACAACUGGUCAUGUUAUUGACAUCUAUGCCUGUGCAUUAGAUCAGACGGGUCUCCUGGAGAUGAAAUGCUGUCCCAACCUUACUGGAGGAUACAUGGUUAUGGGUGAUUCUUUCAACACUUCCUUAUUUAAACAAACUUUUCAAAGAGUCUUUACCAAAGAUAUGCACGGACAAUUUAAAAUGGGCUUUGGUGGGACUUUAGAAAUAAAGACCUCGAGGGAGAUAAAGAUUUCAGGAGCUAUUGGACCUUGUGUGUCUCUCAAUUCUAAAGGACCAUGUGUGUCUGAAAACGAGAUAGGAACAGGUGGCACUUGUCAGUGGAAGAUAUGUGGGCUCAGUCCUGCUACAACCCUAGCCAUAUAUUUUGAGGUUGUUAACCAGCAUAAUGCUCCCAUUCCUCAAGGAGGUCGUGGUGCAAUCCAGUUUGUGACUCAGUAUCAGCAUUCCAGUGGGCAGAGGCGCAUCCGUGUGACCACCAUUGCUAGGAACUGGGCAGAUGCUCAAACUCAAAUCCAAAACAUUGCAGCAUCCUUUGACCAGGAGGCAGCUGCCAUUCUAAUGGCCCGGCUGGCAAUAUAUAGAGCGGAAACAGAGGAAGGGCCAGAUGUACUUAGAUGGCUGGACAGACAGCUCAUUCGGCUAUGUCAGAAGUUUGGAGAAUAUCACAAAGAUGAUCCAAGUUCCUUCAGAUUUUCAGAAACUUUCUCACUUUAUCCACAGUUUAUGUUUCAUUUAAGAAGGUCUCCUUUCUUGCAAGUUUUUAACAACAGUCCGGAUGAGAGUUCCUACUAUCGUCACCAUUUUAUGCGUCAAGAUCUAACCCAGUCUCUAAUCAUGAUUCAGCCUAUUUUAUACGCAUAUUCUUUUAGCGGACCACCAGAGCCGGUUCUCCUUGAUAGCAGCAGCAUUCUUGCAGACCGUAUUCUUCUCAUGGACACGUUCUUCCAGAUUCUGAUUUAUCAUGGGGAGACCAUCGCCCAGUGGCGGAAGUCGGGGUACCAGGACAUGCCGGAGUACGAGAACUUCCGCCACCUCCUUCAGGCACCAGUGGACGACGCGCAGGAAAUCCUGCACUCGCGUUUCCCGAUGCCGCGCUACAUCGACACAGAGCAUGGCGGCAGCCAGGCCCGUUUCCUGCUUUCCAAAGUCAACCCUUCACAAACUCAUAAUAAUAUGUAUGCCUGGGGGCAGGAGUCUGGAGCACCUAUUCUCACAGAUGAUGUUAGUUUGCAAGUAUUUAUGGAUCACCUGAAGAAACUUGCCGUAUCAAGUGCUGCUUGAUGUGCUCAGCGUGUUCAGGACACUUAUGGAGAUGAAAUAACGUGUCAGUUUCAUUUUUUCUUUUUUCCAUUUCUUUUUUUUUUUUCUUUUUUCUUUGAGACAGGGUUUCAUGAUAUAGCUCAGGCUGGCCUUAAAGUUGCUGGCUAGCCUUGAGCUUAUGCUUUUCCUGCCUCAGCCUCCUGAGUGCUGGGAUUACAGGUGUGCACCACCACGCCCAGCUCCUUCUUCCAUUUAUCUGUGAAACUGUCAGAGAUACUGCUCUAGACUAUUUUUUUGGUAUCAGUAUGGUUUGAGAUGACAUUUGCAAAAAAAUGUUCACAUUUGUAGAUUAAGCUGAAACAUAAUGAGAGCAAUGAGAACAAAUUUGUUUUACUUGCCACAGUAUUAAAACUGGUUGUAGAAAUUUUAAAGUCUAUAUAACUUAUGUUUAACAAUAAAAACUGUCUGCCUUGAACUGCAGAUAUAACUUAUUUGUAUAUUGCAGACAAAUCAAAAGUGGCACUGAAUGUCCUCCUGAUCUUUUAAAAACCUAUUUAAUUUUAGCCAGACAGGAACAAAUCAAUAGUAAUGAUAAAUGUGAACAUUUUUGCUUAUUUGUUAAAUAUUUUUCUAUGAUUUUUCAGCACUUAUGUAUGCCAUUUUCUGUACUUGCUCUGUUAAGGUGGAUUUAUUUUUAUGAUUUGUUCAGGAAUUAUCUGACUUUAUAAUGGUAAUUUUCAUGAAGAUAAUAUCAUGUGUUUUGGUUAUUUGGAAAAAUUGCUUAGAGAUGAAAAAAUAUUGGAGGGGAGAAGUGAUAAUCUCACAACUGACAGUAAAGUUCUACUUUGUACCCAAUAUAUGUGACUAACUACAACACUUAAAAAAUGUGAUAGACAAUAUUUGAUAGACAGUAAAGUAUUUUGUCAGAGUACCUAGAGAAAGCCUUUGCAGUAAAAUGAAUAUAGUAACUGCUAAACCAGAAUUGGUUUUCACUGCAUGAAUUUGCUGUCUCCCCUUUUUCGGAGGUAAAUUCUACAUUAUAUCUAUCAGUAUUUUAACACUAUAUUGGGAGCUUACACAGUUACUUUUUUCCCCUCUACUUCCUUUUUAUGAGAUUGAUUAAGUUGUGGUUCUUAGUGAAACAGUAUUAUGUAAUGUUUGUUUAAUUGUGUCAUGUGGUGAUACUCAGUUUUAUUUUGGUUUGUUCAUUAGUAUCAUUAACUUUUAAGGUUUACUUGUAGCAAAUAUGUUUACAUUGUUAAAGCCAGAUAUGAUCUGACAGUGAAAUUCACAUAUCACGUGCUGAAGGGAGUGGUGGUGCUCUGAUACAUGCUUAGAGAGACGGCUUUGAUGAUUGUAUUCCAAUGAACACAAUCACAGGAUGGUAAAGGAGAAACUUGUUUAUAUUAUAUUAUAUUAUAUUAUAUUCAGUUAGCUUAACUUUGUUCCAUUUUAUUUGAAUCAAACUGUGCUAGGCCAAAAUACCAAUAAAAUUUGCUUUUCUCUGUU